AUGGAAGGCCAGAUGAAACCGAAGGUCACCGCGCGGGUCGACUUCGAUCGACCUCGUCCGGCUUCCCCAUUCAAGUCCCCGUCGACGUCCCUCUCUCCCCCGCUUAUCAGGCCCAAGGCGAAGGUGAACAGUAGUGCGACGAUUCAGCCACGUAAGGCUGCAAGUGUCGUAUCGGCCGCCCCUACCCGGAAUAGUCCUGUCCCUCGUGCCCCGUCCCCAUUCAAACCACCAAAUUCCCGUACCCCCACCGUCUCCCCAGCUGCCAGUGCAGUUGUCAAAUCUCGCUUGACAGCACGUCCGAACGGGAGUAACUCGACAUCGCCGUUACCGGAAUCACGACAACGAGCGUUCACGGCGGCGACGCCGUCCACAUCUCAUUCAUAUGUUCGUCCACGGAGAGGGAGCGCGUCGUCAUCCCAUCUUCUCGUCUCCGCACAGAGAGAGGCCAGCGUAGGUUCGUCUCCGGCUCGCUCAGACCUCUCACUAUCCUGGCAAGCCGAUGAGAACACACCUACCGCCCCGCCGUCCAAUGUGAGCGUCCGCGUCAAGGCGAAGCUAUCCAAGGUGGCGGACCCGGGCGUACACAGUCCGCCGUCGCUGCCCUCAUCACCUUUGCUGGGGAACCGUCCUGCCCGCGUCCCGUCCAUCUCGAACCUGAAUCUCUCCCCGCCGCUGAUGUCAAGCGGUUCGGGAGGUGGGAGCCCGUCCUCGGCAUCUCCAUCUCCAUUGGCAGGACAGAUGCGGUUCGGGAGUGCGCGCGAGACGAAGCAUCAGUCGUUUCAGGCACUUCCCAAGGCGUUCCAGGCGUUUGUGGCGAACGAUGACACGGUGAUAGACUAUGGCGCCUCAACGAGGAGCGGGGCGAAGGUCGACCCUGCCGCUAUCCCCCUACCACCACAGUCGCCGCCCAUCUCGACGGUAUCAUUUUCCUCUCGAUCCUCGGCCUCUCGGUCAUCGGUGUCAUAUGGGACCCAGGACUCGAAAGGCAGCCGGAGUACGGCCCCCACUCUGCACUCGAAUGUCAAUGGCAACGGGCAUGCACGACAAGGCAGCAAGUCCUCACAGCCGCGGGGGAGCAUAGACGGUCUUGCCAUCCGCUCCGAGCCCAUGAGCCGCGAACCAUCGGCGAGCGAGAUGGAAUUCUCUGACGAUGACGCGCCUCAUCACGACGCUGAUAGCGAGGACGAAGAGCGGAAGCUCAAGGCAGCAGCGAAGUCCAAUCGAAAGAUCGCAGAUCUCGAGAUUACGAACCGCUCCCUGAUGGCCAUCAAUUCGACAUUGGAGGCGACGAAGAACAAACAAGCCAGAGAAAUCCGCGAGCUUCGGCGAAAGCUGCGCGAGUCGCGACUCAUACUUCCUCCGCCCGCCUACCGCGCCGUCAAGUCGUCGUUGUCCCCAGAAGACCUGGCUGAAGAGGAAGACGACGACGACGAUGAGGAGGACGAAGAAGACGAGAAUGGGCUGCUGGAAGGCAAGGCAGACGAGGCGUACCGUCGCGUGCGAUCCAUCCUUGACACCCUUCUGGAGUCCGGCCGUCGCGCUCUCGAGUCGAAGCCGGAAGACUUCGUCGGGACAGGCAAGGGCACAGCGAAGGUGCUCACGGCGGAAGAGGUGCGGUCAUGGCGAGGGGAUGAUGACCUCACCGAAACGCGUUCGACGUUGGGCGCCGACGCCGACUCGAGCUUCGCAGGUUCUCGUCCGCUGACACCUUCGAGGGUAGCAGUGCCAGAAAGCGACGUGGGACUGGAGAGCGAAGAUGAAGUGGAAGCUUCGCUGAUUGAGCCUGAUACCCCUCCUCCAUUACCGCCGAUUACGAUCACGCCGUCUGCUUGAACAUGAGAGUCUCUGUCGCCGUCAUAGAUUUGCCCCUCGGGCUUCCAUUGCUCUCGGAACGCUUUGUUCAUGACUGCCGCAUGCAACUCGCUAUCACUAGGUCCACUGUAGAACUGUUUGUCGCCUAUGUUCCACGUCCUACAUCAACCGAUACCUCACUGACCACCAAUCGUUUCGGAUCUGGAUCACGAACACAUACCCAUUCUCGCCCAACCGCAUGAUCCCGCUCGUUCGUUACCCUCGCAUACAGCAGUACAAUCAGAAUCACGCACGCACGCACC